UGAAUGGUCCCUUCUAGUUAUGGUCGUAGCAGCAGCAGCAGCGUGGUGAAGGAGAAGCUAGCGUGGAUUUAAACAUCUACGACGGUUCCUGGACUAAUUUCACGGUUAUUUGUCGUAACAGCGGCCUGUAGUUUGAGGUUUUUGGAUCUUUAAAACGAACGAGUUGAAGGAAACCGUCAGAGAUUCUGUCUAAAGAUGCCUCAUCGAAAGAAGAAGUCGUUCAUUGAGAAGAAGAAGGCCGUGACCUUUCACCUCGUCCACAGAAGUCAGAGGGAUCCGCUGGCUGCAGAUGAGAAGGCGCCGCAGCACGUCCUCCUGCCGGCCACCAAGGUGGAAGCAGAGAAGAGGCGCGAGGAGCAGAGGAAUUUUGGCGUCUUCUUCGAUGACGACUACGACUACCUGCAGCACCUGAAGGAGGCAUCGGGUCCGUCUGAGCUGGUGGCGGCAGGGCCCUCGUACACCGACAGACGAGCUGUUCACUUCAAUGAUGAAGACGAGGAGGAUGAGGAGGAGCACUGGGGACACUGUAACAGACAAGCUUCCAUCAACCUGCCCUCUUCAGUGUUCGCCUCAGAGUUUGAGGAGGAGGUGGGACUUCUGAACAAAGCUGCUCCUAUCUCAGGACCACGUCUGGACAUGGACCCUGACAUCGUGGCCGCUCUGGACGAGGACUUCGACUACGACGACCCCGACAACAUCCUGGAUGACGACUUCAUCGUCAAAGCAAACAGUGCGAGUGGAGCAGUGGACGUCGAAGGCGACGACGACGACGAUGAUGAUGAUGAUGAGUGGGAGGACACAGACGAGGAAGGCGACUUUGACUCUGAGGGAGGGUUUUCAGGCGAUGAGGACGUGGAGGGAGGCGGCCGCGGUCGAGAGUUUCUGUUCAUGGACGAGGAGACGAAGAGUCGGUUCACAGAGUACUCGCUGACGUCGUCUGUGAUGAGGAGGAACGAGCAGCUCUCCCUGCUGGACGACCGCUUCGAAAAGUUUUACGAACAGUUUGAUGACGACGAGAUCGGCGCUCUGGACAACGCUGAGCUGGAGGGCUACAUUGAACCGGACAGCGCUCGGCUGGAGGAAGUUAUAAAAGACUACUUCAAACAGAAAGAGAAGGAGUACCUGAGGCCGGAUGACUUGGGUCCCAAAGAACUUCCUGUGGUGAAGGAGGAGGAGGAAGACGAGGAGGAGGAAGAGGAGAUGGAGACGGUUGUCAUGGAGGCUCCUGAAGAGAAGUGGGACUGUGAAACCAUCAUCAGCACAUAUUCCAACAUUUAUAACAGACCCAAAGUCAUCGAAGAGCCACCAAAGCCGAAGCCGAUCCGUGUGUCCAGCAAGACGGGCAUCCCUCUGGACGUCCUCCCCGCCAGAGGCCUGACGGCCAAGCAGGCCGAGCGCAUGACGAUGAUCAACGACUCGGACCUUCCUCGCGUCUCCAUGCAGCCCCGAAACAAAGAGGAGAGCAAAGAGGAGAGGAAGGCGAGGAAACAGGCCAUCAAAGAGGAACGCAAGGAGAGGAGAGUGGAGAAGAAAGCCAACAAGAUGGCGUUCAAGGAGGAAAAAGUCCGACAGGAGAAGCAAAUGUUGAACCUGAGAACAAACAUUCAAGGCCUGAAGCUUUAGUAGCUGACGGCCCGGAUACUGACUCUUUAACCCGCCGGUGGUGUCAUCGGCGGACACGCUGCUCUUCACUUCAGUGGAGCUGACAGGACGGCAAACAAACUCAACAGGAGAGGACUGACAGGGUAACGUCAGGCUCUGGGUUUGUAGAUCAGAGCUCAGUUCCCUCACCGUGAGAUAAAGUUAAUUUAACUUUAAAUAAACAGAGAAAAAAUUAACUUUAUCUCAGUAACCCGGCUCAGGUCGCUCAGUUUGAAAUCCAGGAUUAAUAAAAGACUUUUUGGUACAAGCCAAAAUGUUUUUAGCACCAAGAAAUGAAAAGCUACGAAUCCUGAUUGUAUCGAUAAACUCGUUCUCUUAUCA